AUUAAUUGAAUUAUUGCUGCGCCAUCUGUGAGUGAGUAACCAAAGAAUAACUAAACUCGAUCGAUACACGAGGAGUUUUUAGGUUGUCAAGAAGCAAAAACGUUCUGCCAGUUGUGUUAAUAGAUUGGUGGCCAUCUUGUAGAUCUGAUAAAAAGAGGAAAAUCUCAGGUUGCGCACAUUAUUACUACACUACAGUGAGAUGAAUCCAUCGUCGGCGUCGACGGUGGGAUUCUGGAAUGAUCCACCACCGCCUGGUUUAGAAGACAUCCAAGAAGUUCCAAAGUACGAACCUGACAAGGUUUCCGAUCGCGAUAAAAUCAUGGUUGAACAAAAAUACAGAGAUCGACACAGUUAUCGCCGUCGAUCUCGGAGCCGAUCGUACGAUAGAUCACAUAGAUCUCGUUCGAGAUCAAGAGAAAAAUCAAGGAGACGUCGCAGUCGUAGCAGAAAGAAGCAUAGAAAAUCGCGUAGUAGAUCGAGGGGUCAUUACAGACACAAGAGUAGAUCAGUGAGUCGAAGUAUUUCCAGAGAUAGGAGUAGUCGACACAAGCAUAAAGAGAAAAAGCGAAAGAGAUCUCAUUCAAGAUCCCGUAAACAUUCCAGAUCUAGAUCAAGGUCAAGGAAACAUCACUAUUCAAAAACUUCUAAAAAAUCUUAUUCUAGAUCACCACAUUCUAAUAAGAACGAUUAUUCAGAUAGAGAUGAGAAUAAAGAUGUAGACGACGAUGAUAACGAUGCUGAAAAUAAAAAUGCAUUUAAAAACGAUGGUUCAUUUUUGGAAUUAUAUAAAAAAAUGCAAGAAGAGCAACAACAAAAGGCUGAAGCUUCUAAGAUUGAGACACCAGCAACUGGAGGUGAAAUGAAAAAACCAAUGUUUGGUAAACGAAGAGGCGGGAGAGUACUUAAAACCGGAAUGGUUGCUAAAAGUAAACAGGGCGAUGAUGAACUUGGAGUUGAACCGCAAGACCCUUGGUCGAUUUAUUUGAAGGAAGUUAAACGCUAUAAAGAAGCUUGUUGUGAUGAUGAUUCGAAAACAAGACCGCUAGUUAAAUAAUUAAUAAAAAACUUUAAUAAUUUAUAUAAUUUUUGGACUUAUCUCAGUUAACUAAAUAGACAUGCCAGCUGCAAUGCUUUCUGAAGGUACCGUAUCGACGGCCCCAUUCGACCCACGGUUCCCAAAUACAAACCAAACGAGGUAUUGCUAU